GGGCGUGUUCGUCAUGCUAACUGGUACUCCACUGGAGAGGUGUGAGGGCAUGAAGCUAACGCACGAAGAUAAAAGUAAGAUUAAUUUAACGAUAGGAAUGCGAAAAUCAAUUUAGCUGUUAUAAAAUACUGGGUAUGAUAUACCGUUAAAACAUUCGAGUUGUUUUUGUUGAUUUAAUCACAGUUUGCCUGCGAUGGCAUGUCGAUAAAGCUUGGCUAGCUAGUCAGUUGCUCGCAAAUGUCAAACUGUUUGUUUAUCUAGUAAAUGACUAUUACAGCGUUUCAUAAUAUGAGAUGAAAACACGAAAAAAUUCGUUAUUUUGCUCUCGUGCAUUUCAGCUGUCGUUAACUAGAUUGCAAGAUAAUAGCUAGUGCAUGUCAACUUGACAUUGGGUUGCACUUGUUAUCUGAGUCCUUUUACCACAUGGGAACUAAUUUGUAUAGUAAAUCAUUGCUUUUUAGCUAAUUCGGGGCGUUUUAAAAGUGCACAAAGUCUCAUUCUAGAUAAUCGGUUCGUGGUUCUAGAAACGAAGAUGUUGUCCUCCGUCCAGCAUCGCCCUGUGUGUAACAUAGGGGCCAGAGCUGUCCGACUGCAAAGCUUUAGCACUUUUAAUCAAAGUGGUGCGGUAAGUAGCAAAUCGUGGUUGGGUGAGCGCGUGGGCCUGCUGCUGUCAUGGCUCCAAAAAGCGGGAAGGGGAACGAACAAACUGGCCUCCGAGAAAAAGAAGAAGGAGAGACUAUUGUCUCUCUUCGCCAGCCACUGCAGUUUUGUGACAGGCCAGAGGCUGAGAAGGGCUCUUCAGAUAGGAGAGCUGUACUCAAACCUGUACUCUGAGAGAAGCAGGUGGACACUCGUGAGCAGCAUAUGGCGGCGCCUGCAGAGCAAACACGCCCCCACUGGAAAGCUCAUAGCAGCACUGGCUGGAGUCUUCAUGUGGGAAGACGAGAAGAUCCGAGAUGAUGAGCUGAGAAGGUGUGCAUGGGAGCUGCAGGCACUGGAGGCAGUGAGGAGCCAGAAUGUGACCCCAAAGACAGCCGUGCAUGUGGAUCCCGGCUGGGAGGUGGUCAUGGAGAAGAAAAACUUCAGAGUUUGGAGGAGACCUAUCGAGAGUAGCCAUCUUUUUGAAUACAGAGUGUUUGGUUCAUAUACAGACGUCACCCCCCGCCAGUUCUUCAAUGUUCAGUUGGACACAGAGUACAGAAAGAAGUGGGACGCACUGGUUAUCAAACUGGAAGUGGUGGACAAGGAUGUAAACACAGGCACCGAGGUCGUUCAUUGGGCGACGCAUUUUCCAUAUCCUAUGUACUCCAGAGACUACGUCUAUGUGCGCCGAUAUCAAGUUGAUAUAGAAAACAACUUAAUGAUUUUAGUCUCCAGAGCUGUUAAACACCCCAGCGUCCCAGAGACCCAGGAAUUCGUCCGAGUGCACUCUUACCAGUCUAAGAUGGUCAUCCGCCCACACAGGUCAUUUGACGAGAAUGGCUUUGAUUACCUGCUGACCUACAGCGAUGAUCCUCAGACGGUCUUCCCUCGCUACUGCGUCAGCUGGAUGGUGUCUAGUGGCAUGCCAGACUUCCUGGAGAAGCUUCACACCGCUGCUCUCAGAGCUAAAAACAUGGACUUCGGUCUCCACGACUACGUCAGCGUCGCAAAACCUACCCAACCCACCCAAGAAAGACUAGGAGCUGACAAUGCUCACACCAGAGGCUCAAGCCAGAUCUACGCCUGAGCAUCUGGCCACAGCGAUUGAUGUACUGUGGCCAAAUGACCCAGAACAGAAUAUAUUAUUAAUUGAAGCCACAAAGAAAACCGAACCAUCUAUUCCCAAAAUUAAUUUAUGCCAUUUGACCAACUGCACUAGCUGUCAAACUGAGCGCUCGCAUCCCUCACUUUUUGUGCUUUUAGUUUACUUCCUCUUCCUGUAGUGUGCAUCUAUGCCAGACUGCUGAGAUGAGCCAAAAUAAUGCCGUUAUUAAUUGUAGACACUCAUACCAAAGCAGUAUUUCACUGCGCAUUUCUUUAUAUCACGAUCAUCAGAAUAGAUCAUAUAGUUGAGAUGCUGAAAAACAACAGGAGAACCGUGUACACGCCCCAAAAAAGCUUAUACCCCCCCACAGCUUAUACUGUGAACUGCUCUCAGCAGAACCAGAUUGACUCCCCAUCGUCCUUGUUUACUGUGUGAAUGUUCAUUGCCAGUAAAACCCAAACAGCCUUCAUAGGAUCACCAAAACCUGCUCUGGAAACAAAAGAGAGGUGUGUCUUAUGCGAACCGCAGCAUCCUCACGGACAGGCUGGACUUCCUCCUGUGCUCUACAGGGCUGUUUGAAGUCUAAAACAUCUUUUGUACUCUGAACUCCAGCAAAUGAGGACGCUAUGAGAGUCAGCGAUGCUGACUGACUCCAUAUUGUAAUAAAAAGUGGAAGGGCAGUCUGCUAGUCGGCAUUCAAACUCACUGCAGGAUGGAUUUUGUCCAGGUGCAAAGAGUUAUGGGAUUUUUUUUUUUUUUUGUGAUUGGGAAUCCACUUUAAUGGUAUUGUCUGUAUUAUACAUGUUUAUACAUCAAAAAAAAAAAAAAAAAAAAAUCGGUGGAGUCAAACUUUGCUUGUUAAUGCAGAUUACACCUCAAAGUCAUCCUGCAGACAUAAAUCAAGUUUCCUGUUUUUGUCUCCAUCCCAUCAUUUCAUACUGAUAUUUGUAAUAACACAGCAGUGAAGUUACAGAUACAGUAGCACUUCAGUUUGCUGUGUGGAGAAAAAUUUAAAUCAUCUGAGGAAAUGCAAAGGUACGUGCAUGUUGACUUUUGUUAUCCGUUUCUUUAUGGUUUCUGCAGAGGGACAAUUAAGAUGAACGCAGAUCUAUUGAAUCCCAAGGUCAGACGUUACUUGGUGGAUGUGUGCAAAUAUAUACUCAAGUAUGGCAUCCAGAUGUCCUCUGUUUGAAUGAAGCACUUAAUAAUGGCAUGACACUUUCUUGAACAUAUUACAUCAAUUUCCUGUGUUGCAUAUUACAUGUUACAGGAGGGGUAAUUAAAUUUGCAGUGGAAUUAUGUCCCAAAGAAUACAUACUGUUGAGUUAGGCUAGUUGGUGGACAUCCAUAUACCCAAACAUGUGACUUUUUGCUUUUGAAUAUCUGUCCUAUUCACUCUUGUAUCUUAUGAAAUUGUAAAUUCCCUCUUUUGUUUGUAUUGUUAGUUUUUGUUUUUUUUAAUUCAGCCGAAAUACCACGCCAGGUUCAUUAAAAAAGAUGUGGUCUGAAUGUAUUUGUGUAUGUUUAACACCUAGAUAACAUUGCCUGUUUACAUCCCACUGUUUAAUAAAAAAAAAAAAGGCUGCAAAAAUUUUUAUUUUUUUUUGUUUGUAUGUUUUGAUUUAUUGAAGACAAACUGCUCUGUUAUGGAUGGUGAUCAUGUUUAAAACUAAUGCUCACAGUGGUCAGUCAAAGGUACGUUUCUGUUACUAAGGAAUAUUUCAGGUUAAUAGAAGUUACGCUCUAUUUGCAUCUGUGGCAUGUUGUUGAUUGCCACAGAAAAAGGCUCAUAUAGCAUAACUCCUUUUUUUUUUUUUUUUGGUUCCGUAAUACAUACAAAUGCAAACUUUCCAGUGUCAUAUAUUUUUCGUUUCCCAAAAGUAACAGUGUUAAAUUACGUCCAGGCAAUUUGACAUGACUGUCCUAAAUGUGGUUGUUGAGUGUUUAAUGUUUCAUCAUGCUAUUUCAUCAUGUUGAAAUCCCAGAUAUUCUCUAGUAUGCUGAAAAGUGCACUUGAUAGCAUUUUCACUUUUUCUAAUAUCUAAACUAGAAGCGUUCUACUGUAAUCUCAAGUGAAACAGAAUGAAUGUGUGAGAGGUCAGGAGCAUGGGUUUGUUUUUGCUCUAAUGUGAAAAUGAUCCAUCUAAAUCAUUAAUUGGUGAAAAUAAAUUAAAUAAAAUUAA